AUGGAAAAUUUUCAGUUCGGCCCGAGCAAUCGCUACAAAUGUAUCAGAGAACUGAGGCAGGCGAAGUUAGGAGAAUCAACACUCUACUGGAUUGUGGAGGAUAAGACCUUCGCUGGGGAGCUAAAGAUACUGAAAGCGAUUGCCCUUCUGAGCGAAAAGGUCAAAUCCGAUACCGAGGAUGAAGUCAAGCUUCUGAAGCAGAUGAACAAUGAAUUCAUCGUCAAACUGCUCGACGAUGUUUCUUUUACCGGUCCAAAUAGCGUUCCAUACAGAGGAUUGAUUCUUGAAUAUCUUUCUGGAGGAGAUCUCGGGCAAUUUCUAGCGAAUAUGAAGAAAGAUCUUGAGAGUCCCUCUGACGACGACGAUACUGACGAAGAAGGAGAGAAGGAAGAAGCUGCGGGAGAAGAUGACGAUGAUGGUGAAGUCAUGAAAAGCACCCUCAAAAGCACGCUAAAGAGCAGCCUGAAAAGUAGCGGCAGUGGAACAAGCGGAAACGGCAUCUGGUCGGAAAACGAUGCUCUCCGACUUGCUGCUCAAAUUGUCUUCGCAAUGGACUACUUGCACAAAAAGAAAAAGCAAGUUCACAAAGAACUCAACACUGAAAACAUCCUCAUUUCUGCUGACGGAAAAAAGAUAAAAAUCCUCGACCUGCACAUUUGCUCUGGCGGAAUGACUGGAGGACCCAGCGAUUACUUCUAUCCUCCCGAAACUUUCAAACGGCUUGACACUGGGAACGUGACUUUCAAACGCGAUAUCUGGUCGAUGGGCGUUAUUUUCCACAUGCUUUGUACGUUUGAAAAUCCCUUCGCAGGCGAACAUCCUCCGGCUACUUGGAACAACAUUAUUCAAAACAAACGGACUCCGUCAAAGCUUCCUCAAGCAGAAAUGGAAGCUCUCGUAAACUGCUGCCUGAAGGAAAAUCUUGAAGAUCGAGUUGGGAACGCUUCUCUUUUGAUGAACCACGGGUCGAUUAAAAGCCUCGUCAAACAGCUGAAAAACCGAGUUGAGCCGGCUGACAUGAAGUUCUCACUCGACGAAACAAAGACUCUGGAAGUUGUCAAUGACACCCUCGCUGACGAAAACGCAGAAUUGAAGCGACAACUCAAGGCGCUGAAUUCAUCCGACCUGACAUUUGGAAAGAAGGCUACGUCGAAGAAGAUUUUGAAAGCGAUUUCGGACGGAGUCGAGAGCUUCAAUUUGAAAUUCAUGCGCACUCAAGAAUACGAAGUAGCCGAGGGAGAAUACAAGCUCAAAAUCGCCAGUUUUGACAACAGCAAAAGAGACGAGUGGAAACUUUGGAUCACCAAAAACGACAAAACCAUUCCUCUACGUGCCAAUGCCGACUGCAUCCAGCAAGAUGGUCGAGUGCUCUACUCCAUGAAGAACAUAGAGCCAAAUGAAAACGACGGUGAGAUUAAAUGCGGCGAGACAGAAGAAGAGCAAGAAGCCCGAAAGAGCGAAAACCCCGACGCGCCUGGCACUGAGUACUACAUCAGAUGGAAUAUCACCAUUCUCCCUCAAGAAUAA